AUGUUAGGCAGAUAUCUGAGUAACCCUGGUAUGGAUCACUGGGUAGCAGUCAAGCGGGUUAUGCGUUAUUUGAAAAGAACUAAAGACUACAUGCUCACAUAUAAGAAAUUGGACCAACUGGAGAUCGUUGGAUAUUCGGAUUCGGAUUUUGCUGGAUGCCAAGACAGCCGGAGAUCCACUUCAGAUUAUAUCUUCAUGCUUGCUGGAGGAGCAAUCUUAUGGAAAAGUAUUAAACAAACACUCAUUGCUUCUUCCACUAUGGCCGCUGAAUUUAUAGCAUGUCAUGAGGCAUCCAAUCAUGGAAUGUGGCUGCGGAAUUUUGUCACUGGCUAA